AUGGGACCAAGCAGUUCCACAGACAAGGAUAGAAAUCACACCUCUAUCAUCAUGUUCAUUCUCCUAGGAAUUACCGAUGAAAAAGAGCUUCAGUUUAUUCUCUUUCCAGUCUUUUUAGGAAUCUACCUGAUGACUUUAUUGUGGAACUUGGGUCUUAUUAUCUUAAUCAGGAUGGACUCUCAGUUGCACACACCGAUGUACUUUUUUCUCAGCUUCCUUUCAUUUAUAGAUGUCUGUUACACUACUUCCAUCAGCCCAAGGAUGCUCUCAGACUUUUUCAGAGAUGAAAAAACUAUUUCCUUCAUUGGCUGUGCUACCCAGUACUUAGUAGCAUCUUGGAUGGGUCAGGCUGAGUUCUGCCUCUUGGCUGCCAUGGCCUAUGACAGAUACGUGGCUAUUGGGAACCCUCUGCAGUACUCAACCAUCAUGGCACCUGGACUCUGCCAGAAGAUGGCUGCUGGGGCUCUUGGAAGUGGCCUUAUUUGUAGCUUACUUGAAACAGUCCCUUGCUUUAAUCUCCACUACUGUGGGCCAAAUGUCAUUCAACACUUUUUCUGUAACAUAUCUGAGGUGAUUAUUUUGUCUUGUUCUAGUCCCUUCAUCACCCAAAUGAUUCUGUUUUUGGUUGUUUUAUUUGUUGGGUUUGGUUCUAUGCUUUUUAUCCUUUUAUCUUAUGGUUUUAUUACAGCUUCUAUUCUGAAAAUAUCCUCAGUCAAAGGUAGCCUCAAGGCCUUCAAUACCUGUGCCUCCCACCUGUUGGUUGUGACCCUCUUUUAUGGCACAGCCCUCUCUGUGUACAUGCAUCCUCAUUCCAGACACUCUGAGAAACAGGACAAGGUGCUGUCAGUGUUUUAUGUUAUUAUUAUCCCCAUGUUAAACCCUCUUAUCUACAGUCUGAGGAACAAAGACAUCAAAGAGGCCCUCAAGAGGAUGCUAAAAAGGACCACACAUAUUCCUUCAUGA